AUCCAUUGUUUACAAAAAUUAAUAUGUAAAUAAAAAUUUUGAAAAUCAUGAUUUAAGAAUAUUCAAAAAUUGCAAGUGCACCGAAAAACAUAUACCAGUAAUAUGGCUGAUUUGGACUGAACGUAGAUCGUGUCUCGAAAUAAAUCCAAAACUCAAGAAAGCCCUAAAGUGAUUAAUCAUCCGUUCAUCCUCACCAUCCAUAACUAAUCCUUUCAAUGACUGUUUUUAGCAAAACUUCCCCAAUCUCAGAUCCAGAAAUGUGGCUUUUGGGGGACUUAUUUCCCCCAUUUGGGUUCACAACGUUUGCUGGAGCUGUGGCUAUUUGUAUCCUUAGUUUCUACAUAUUUAAGAAACUUAGUGUGGAUACUAAUGUUGCUGUUAGAGACUACAGUAAAAACCAUAGUUGGAUGCCUAUAAAAGUCACUGCAAAGGCUUGGUAUUGUUCAGUUUGUGAAGCAUUCCUAAUACAUGGUAUAGGAGUUUACUGUGACUGUUGUGGUGUAUGUGCUGAUCCUGAAUGUAUUAAAAAAGCCAAUCAGAUUUUAAGAUGUAAAAUUGUCACUAGUAAUAGUGAUGAACAGUUACAUCAUUGGGUUAAAGGGAAUCUUCCAUUAGGUGCCACAUGUUGCGAAUGCAACGAAGAUUGUUCUAUGGAACCAGGUUUAAUAGAUUUUCAGUGUUGUUGGUGUCAGAGAACUGUCCAUACUUCUUGCCUCAAAAAGUUGGAUGAGGUUUGUGAUUUUGGUCCAUUUCGGUCAAUGAUUGUGCCUCCUUCUUGUGUCCAAGUUGCUCGAAGAAAAGGGGCGCUGAAUAAGCAUUUAUUAUUAAGGGGAGUAAGGGACCCAGGAUGGUCUAAUUGGUCACCAUUGGUAGUUGUAGCUAACAGAAAAUCAGGAAAUUCCGACGGCGCCCUGGUGCUAUCAGAAUUCCGAAAAUACUUAAAUCCUGCCCAGGUUAUUGAUUUGACUCAGCGAAAACCACCCGCUGCUUUGCAGUGGUGUGUAUUGCUGGCACCCAAGGUAGCCAGGAUCUUAGUAGCUGGAGGAGAUGGAACCAUUGCAUGGGUGCUUACGUCGUCACACAAGUUGGAUUUAGAUCCGGAACCUCCCUUAGCAAUAAUCCCUCUCGGAACAGGAAAUGAUUUAUCUCGAGUUUUGGGUUGGGGAAAGCAGAACUCUUCUGAACUGGACGUGCCACAAAUAUUACGAAAUAUUGAGAAUUCUACUCUCUCGCAGCUAGAUAGGUGGCAAUUAGAGGUGACAUGCACCAGACAUUUAGGCCUGAGGAUUCCCAACAAAACGUAUUUUAUGUAUAACUAUAUGAGCGUCGGGGUAGACGCCCAAGUAGCGUUAAGUUUUCAUAAAACGCGAGAUAGUAUUUUUUAUGUGUAUGGCAGCAGGGUGUUUAAUAAACUUUUAUACUUAUGUUUCGGCACCCAACAAGUGGUUACGGCCGACUGUAAGAAUCUUGAACAACGGCUCGACUUAUUUCUGGACGGUAAGAAGGUGACAUUGCCAGAAUUAGAGUCGAUAGUCGUACUCAAUAUUUCUUCUUGGGGGGCUGGAGUGAAUUUAUGGGGAUUGGGUGAUGGGACAAGCCGAACUAGUCAAUCUUACCACGAUGGUAUUUUAGAAGUUGUGGGUAUUUAUUCAUCUUUCCAUAUCGCCCAAUUGCAGGUUGGGAUGUCUUCGCCUCUGAGACUCGGGCAAGCUAAAACUGUUGAGAUUCGUCUAAAAGAGAAGGCCCCCGUUCAAAUUGACGGUGAGCCCUGGGAACAGCAUCCUGGCACUAUAAAAAUUACUUACAUCAAUAAAUGUCCCGUAUUAGUAAAUUCAAACGAAACCUAAAAAAACUGUGCGUGUAUAUUUUAUUAUAUAUUUAUUGCUGUUGUAUAUCUGUUUUUUUAUUUAACAGUUUAAAAGUGUUAUAAAUGUCGUAAACUUAA